GUACGCAACGAACUUUGCACGCAGACGGUUGGCUAUUGGUGCUUGUCGCUUGCUCUUACGCUAGAUCCAAUGCUCGCGACGACGUCGCCGACGCUUCCACGUGAAUAUCAAUAGAAAGAAAAGGAACCCAAAAAUAAGCACGCGCGCGUUACACAUGUGCGUGCGCCUGUCUGUGUGUUCGUGUGUGUGUGCGAGUGUGUGUGCGCGUGCAUUUAUUUAUAAGCAGCCGCAAAUGUAAAGUGUACAACAAAAUAGAAAAUAUUUUAAGAGAAAUAAUCAAAGUCUAUAAAUAGCACAGGCCGGCUGCAGUUGACAAAAAAAAAAAAAAAAAAGAAAUAAAAUAGAAGAGUCCAAAAUUCGAAAUCGAGCGAAAUGAAAGCGAAAUUCAAAUCUGAACAGCUGCUGGCAGCGACGCUCUGCGCGCUCGCCGCAGUCGCUGCUGCUGCUGCUGCAGUCCAAUCCCAGCCUGGCAGCAGCUACGGCGCCUCCUUCAUAUCAAAUCCGGCCAUAUAUGCCUAUACCGUGGCCAAUCAGCAGCAACAGCAACAACAACAACAACAACAACAACAACAACGGGAAGUUGCCGACAAUCAAAACUAUAUAGAUUUCGAUGCUGCCCCUGUGAAUGGCAAUCCAGAUGCCAAUGUGAAUGGCAAUUACCGCAAUUACUACUAUACAGAUGCGAAUGCCAGAUUAGAUGCUGCCACGCCCACGCUUAAUACGCCGCCAGCAACUGCCGCCGCCGCUGCCGCUGCCGCUGCGGCCACACAGCCAGCGCCGCUGACCGGCUGCACCUUGGACCGCCUCGCCGUCUAUAAGGUCGUCCUGCACACUUAUUGGACACGCGAACUCUUUCCCAAACACUAUCCCGACUGGCGACCCACUGCCCAAUGGACCAAGACCCUAGGUCGCACACACAAUGCCAACUAUGGGCUUUAUCACAUCGGACAACCGGCAACGGCUGGCGUUAAACAGUUCGCCGAGACGGGCAAAACGGAGCUGCUGGACAGCAAUGCCGGCGAACAGCAGCAGCAACAGAUGCAGGCACAGAAAUCCUCGACAGCAACGGUUGCAGGCACAGCUCCAACAAUGGCCGAGCGCAGCGUAUUUGACGAGUUCAGCCUGCCGGCCAUACAGCUGGGAGCGGGACGGAGCGAGGCGAAAGUGUUUGUGGACAGCAAUCACAGUUUGGUAUCGCUAAUGACGCGCAUUGUGCCCUCGCCGGAUUGGUUUAUAGGCGUCGACUCGUUUGAGCUUUGUGUGGGCGGCUCCUGGAUUGACACGGUGACCGUUGAAUUGGAUCCACUUGAUGCGGGCACCGACAACGGCUUCACCUUUACCGCACCCAAUUGGCCAACAGCGCCGCAGGGCGUCAUCUAUCGCAUCACGUCACGCUAUCCGGCCCAUCCAGCAGGCAGCUUUUACUAUCCAAAGAGCAAGCGGCUGCCGCCCAUUGCCACGUUUCAGUUUAUCAAGCUAAGGGAGUACGAGCUGAGCGAAGUAUUCAACAUUGCCGAGGAUGAUCGCAAAUAUGAGACAGUCCAGACGCAAACCCACCUGGAUGCCGAGCACAAUCACGUCGAGAUGAACAACGAGCUCUCCGCGAGCAUCGAACGGGAGCGUCAACGGGAGCGGGAACGGGAGCAGCAGACACCCUUUAAUGAUGAGCGGCAACGCAUACGCUCACAGCUGCUGGCCAAAAUGAAUCCAAACUACAACAACAGCCAACAGCCGGGCGGUGUGGUCAAUGUGGUGCCCAAGAAUGAUAAGCAUGCGCUGAUGCAGAGCAUUGCCAGCAGUUACCGGCGCACCGAUGCGGCCAAUAACAACAUAACGAGCUACCCGGCAAAGGCCACAGGCUCUGCCACUGCCACUGCCACUGCCUCAGCCUCAGCCUCCGUCUCGGGCAGAGGCACGGGAACGGGCUCAUCACGACGUCGCGCUUCGUUGGCGGCGUCGAAGCGGCGUCGCGACUGUCGCGUCGGCCACUGGUCCGAGUGGACGGCCUGCAGCAAGAGCUGCGGCAUUGGUGAGAUGCAUCGAUAUCGCAAAGUCAUCAAGCAUGGCAAGCGCGGAGGGCGACCCUGCCCGGCGCUGCAGCAGUCCAAAUGGUGCGGCACCGAGCGCAACUGUCACGGGCCGCAGAGCUAUUUUAAUUGGUCCGAUUCAGACACAUGAACGCGCUAUGCUGCAGCAACCGGCCAUAUAUAAAUAUAAUUUUAAUUUAAGGCGUAAGAAUUGCUUUUUGUGGACAACAGUAGAGCGAGAAAUACGAGAAAUCCCGCAGCGCAGAGACCAGAGACGGCACAGACAACAAACCCAAACCAACUGCUGAGCGAUUUUAAUUUAAAUUUAGAUUACGAUACGAAAUUCACAAAGAAAUUGAUUUUAAAAUUGCACGCAAAUGCAGACAGUAACAUUUUUCGAGAUAUAUAUAAAAGAAAAUCAUGAAAAUUGCAUAUGAAACCGAAGACUACUGACAAUAUUUAAAACAAAAA